UUCCAAAUUUAAGCGUCCAAUUAGAAUCAGAGAAUAUAUAAAUCUCUGGCUCAACACGUAAGCAGGGCCUGGUAGCUCCCUGAAUUCAAGAAGAUUAUGCACUGCAAAAUCUAGUGCAUAAUCUGAGUAUCUAGUCGUAUCCCCAUCACGUCGAAAAACAAAUGGGUUCUGAAACCGGCUGUGAGGAGCCGAGGGAGUGCUGUGACAUGGAUUUUUUCCCCGGCGCGUGACGCAAAUAGUCAACUUUUACAGGUUCGUGAACCUCGAGGAGUCCCUCUCUCAAUUGGCUCGUUUUGUCUCCUUGAACCGGGCGUGCGUUUGCGAAUUUGUCUGUGCUCGUGUGGUAGCAGAGAAAAUGGAGUAUAUGCUACUAUGGAGGAUGUUACCUCUGCUCGCACUGGGCGCUUCUUUUUUGUUCCUGUUCUACGUCCAGAACUACUCUUCCAAGUUGCCUCACAAGGAAUGCAGCCUUCUUCCUUACCAGCGGUAUUGGAUAGCCAGCAAGCGUAUUGUGACACCACAAGGGGUCAUUUCUGGUGCAGUUUUCUUGAUAAAAUCUGUAAAUGGGCAGUUGAAAUAAAGGAAGGUAAGAUUGUUACCAUUGUUAAAGAGGAGGAUAGACAUUGGAAUUCCAAGGAGGGACAUGUAGUUGAUUAUGGAGAGGCUGUUGUCAUGCCUGGCCUGAUUGACAUGCAUGCACAUCUUGAUGAUCCUGGAAGAGCUGAUUGGGAAGGAUUUCCAUCGGGGACUAAAGCAGCCGCUGCAGGCGGUAUAACAACAUUAGUUGACAUGCCUCUGAAUAACUUUCCUUCAACCAUGUCUCAAGAGACAUUGAAACUCAAGAUUGAAGCAGCAAAGGAGAGGAUUUAUGUUGAUGUUGGUUUCUGGGGAGGUUUAGUUCCCGAAAAUGCAUUCAACUCAAGUUCUCUUGAGGGUCUCCUAAAUGCAGGUGCUCUUGGUUUGAAGUCCUUCAUGUGUCCUUCAGGGAUCAACGAUUUCCCCAUGACAAACAUCAAUCAUAUUAAGGAGGGACUGUCUGUACUGGCAAAAUACAGAAGACCAUUACUUGUACAUGCAGAGCUUCAACAAGAUUCUGAAAGCCACUUGGAGAUUAAAGAGGGUAGUGAUGAUCCUCGUUUGUACUCAACUUAUCUUAAGACUAGGCCACCUUCAUGGGAGGAGGCAGCUAUUAAGGAGCUUGUAACUGUCACAAAGGACACAAGGAAUGGUGGUCCCGCAGAAGGAGCUCAUCUUCACAUCGUUCACUUGUCUGAUUCAAGUUCUUCCUUAGAUCUUAUUAAGAAAGCAAAAAGUGGUGGUGACAGCAUAACUGUUGAGACUUGCCCCCAUUAUUUGGCUUUCUCAGCAGAAGAGAUUCAGGAUGGAGAUACUCGUUUUAAGUGUUCUCCACCCAUUCGUGAUUCAGCCAAUAAAGAAAAACUAUGGGAAGCUUUGUUGGAAGGACAUAUUGAUGUGCUAAGUUCUGAUCAUUCUCCGACACUGCCAGAACUCAAGCUGCUUGAUGAUGGUAACUUUUUGAAGGCCUGGGGUGGCAUAUCGUCUUUGCAGUUCAUUCUUCCUGUGACGUGGUCAUAUGGGCAGAAAUAUGGGGUAACUUUGGAACAGUUGGCUCUAUGGUGGAGUGAGAGGCCCGCCAAACUUGCUGGACUAGAACUAAAGGGUGCAAUUGCUGUGGGAAACCAUGCAGAUAUUGCCAUAUGGGAACCAGAAGUGGAGUUUGACCUCAAUGAUGGCUACACUGUAUACCUUAAGCAUCCUAGUAUCUCUGCCUACAUGGGAUCAAAACUAUCUGGAAGAACGCUGGCAACUUUUGUAAGGGGGAACCUUGUCUACAAAAAGGAGGAGCAUGCUCCUGCUGCCUGUGGUGUUCCCAUCCUUGCAAGAUAAAAAACUUAAUUUACUAUUUGGUCUUGUAACUGUCAAACUGAUUCUAAAUCUCGAUGGUUUGUUAAGUUUUCAUGUUUCUUCAAUUAUGGAUUUUCUGACAA